AUGCUCUUCAAAUCUGGCCAACUGUCUCCGUUCGCGCCUCCACCAGACCGGCGUCACCACCUCCAGUCGCCUUCGAACCAAACAAUCCACAACACAGCCAAGAUGGAGGGCCUAUUCUUCAACGUCAACAGUGGUUACAUUGAGGGUAUCGUUCGUGGAUACAGGAACGGCCUUCUUACCGGCUCCAACUAUGCCAACCUGACGCAGUGCGAGACCAUCGAUGAUCUCAAGUUGCAACUCGGCCCUGCGUACGGCGACUUCCUCGGCAACCUCCCUCCCAACCCCUCGACGUCAGCUCUCGCCGCGAAGACGACCGACAAACUUGUCUCCGAGUUCCGCUAUGUCCGCGCCAAUGCUGUCGGCUCUCUUGCACAGUUCAUGGACUACCUCACCUACGGUUACAUGAUCGACAACGUUGCUCUGUUGAUCACCGGCACCCUUCACGAACGAGACACCCGCGAGCUUCUCGAGAGAUGCCAUCCCCUCGGCUGGUUUGAGACGAUGCCAGUCCUGUGCGUUGCGACGAAUAUCGAGGAGCUCUACAACAGUGUUUUGAUCGAGACCCCGCUUGCCGCCUACUUCAAGGGCAGUCUUAGCCACCAGGAUCUCGACGAGCUCAAUAUCGAGAUUGUCCGAAACACGCUGUACAAGAACUACUUGGAGGACUUCCACAACUUUGUCAACACUCAUCCUGAUAUGGCAGGCUCGCCGACAGCUGAGGUCAUGUCAGAGAUCCUGGAGUUUGAGGCCGACCGCCGGGCGAUCAAUAUUACGCUUAACUCCUUCGGCACCGAGCUUAACAAGAAUGACCGCAAGAAGUUGUACCCCAGCUUUGGUAAGCUGUACCCGGAGGGAACCCUCAUGCUCUCUAGAGCGGAAGACUUUGAGGGCGUCCGUCUUGCGGUUGACGGUGUCGGUGACUACAAGAGCUUCUUCGAGGCAGCUGGUCUCGGCGGCGGCCCGUCUGGCCCGGGUACCCAGGGCGGUGGCUCAAGCUCCGACGGCAAGAGCCUGGAGGAUAUGUUUUACCAAAAGGAGAUGGAGAUCUCCAAGAGCGCAUUCACUCAGCAGUUUACUUUCGCUAUUGUGUACGCGUGGGUGAGACUUCAGUGCAUAGCCCAGAACCAGAAAGACCGGAUCGGCAACUACAUCAGCGUGUUCUGA